UGUGAAGUUGACUUUUGGUGAACUUAAAAGAACUCUGCUAUUUAGCUCCUGACCUGUAUGCCCAGACCACCCAUCUGACUUCUAUGCGAAUGGUAGGUGAGGAUGAAGUUCUGCUGAGAUUAAACUUGGAUUGUUUGAAAAGUGGGAAGAUAUUUCAGCAUAGUGCAAAAGAAGGUACAGAAGAAGGGAGCAGAAUGAGAGCUUUACAAGCGCCACAUGCCUGCAGCCUACUAUCUUUAGUGAUACUGUUCCUUCCAGUCAUUGGAACGUCAAAACAAAAUAUCCCGAGACUGAAGCUUUCCUAUAAAGACUUGCUGCUUUCAAACAGCUGCAUCCCAUUCCUGGGAUCUACAGAGGGGCUUGAUUUUCGAACCCUGCUGCUAGAUGAGGAGAGGGGCCGGCUGCUAAUUGGGGCUAAAGACCACAUCUUCCAGCUCAACUUGGUUGAUUUAAACAAAAACGUGAAAAAGAUUUACUGGCCUGCAGCAAAAGAAAAGGUAGAAUUAUGCAAAUUAGCUGGGAAAGAUGCCCAUACAGAAUGUGCCAAUUUUAUCAGGGUCCUUCAGCCCUACAACCGAACCCAUGUUUAUGUCUGUGGCACAGGAGCAUUUCACCCUCUCUGUGGAUACAUUGAACUUGGAACUCACAAAGAGGAGAUGGUGUUCCAUCUGGAUACUCAGAGCUUGGAGUCUGGCAGGUUGAAAUGCCCUUUUGAUCCUCAGCAGCCAUUUGCCUCAGUGAUGGCAGAUGAGUAUCUUUAUGCUGGAACAGCUUCUGAUUUCCUUGGCAAAGACACUGCUCUAACACGUUCUCUGGGUCCUUCUCACGACCACCAUUACAUCAGAACUGACAUUUCUGAACAUUAUUGGCUUACUGGAGCAAAAUUCAUUGGAGCUUUUCCCAUCCCAGAUACCUAUAACCCAGAUGAUGAUAAAAUCUACUUCUUUUUUCGAGAAAUAUCACAAGAUAGUGGCACAUCUGACAAGACAAUCCUUUCCAGAGUUGGGAGAGUAUGUAAGAAUGAUAUGGGAGGCCAAAGGAGCCUAAUAAACAAGUGGACAACUUUUCUGAAAGCCAGGCUUGUGUGUUCCAUACCUGGUCCUGAAGGAGCAGACACACAUUUUGAUGAGCUGCAAGAUAUAUUCUUACUUUCAACAAGAGAUGAGAGAAACCCGCUUGUAUAUGGAGUCUUCACUACAACAAGCUCUGUGUUCAAGGGCUCUGCAGUGUGUGUGUACAGCAUGGCAGACAUCAGAGCUGUGUUCAAUGGCCCUUACGCUCACAAGGAGAGUGCGGAUCAUCGGUGGGUACAGUACGAAGGUCGCAUCCCAUAUCCCAGACCUGGUACAUGUCCAAGCAAAACCUACGAUCCACUGAUAAAGUCUACCAGAGACUUCCCUGACGAAGUCAUUAGCUUUAUUAAACGCCAUCCACUGAUGUACAAAUCCGUUUACCCAGUGACGGGAGCGCCGGUGUUCACUCGGAUCAACGUGGAUUAUCGCCUGACUCAGAUUGUGGUGGAUCACGUCAUGGCAGAGGACGGGCAAUAUGAUGUUAUCUUCCUAGGAACAGACAUAGGCACAGUCCUGAAAGUUGUGAGUAUCACAAAGGAGAAGUGGACUAAGGAGGAGGUGGUCCUGGAAGAGCUGCAGAUAUUCAAGCAUCCUUCAUUUAUCUCAACCAUGGAGAUUUCUCAGAAGCAGCAACAAUUGUACAUUGGUUCCAGGGAUGGAUUGGUUCAGCUCUCUUUGCACAGAUGUCACACGUAUGGGAAGGCUUGUGCAGACUGCUGCCUUGCCAGAGACCCAUACUGUGCCUGGGAUGGAAACUCUUGUUCCAGAUAUGCCCCCACUUCUAAAAGGCGAGCCAGAAGGCAGGAUGUUAAGUAUGGAGACCCUGUUGCACAAUGUUGGGAUGUGGAAGACAGCAUUAGUCAUGAAACUGCUGAUGAAAAGGUGAUUUUUGGCAUUGAAUUUAAUUCAACUUUUCUGGAAUGUAUUCCUAAGUCCCAACAAGCCUCUAUUAGGUGGUAUAUUCAGCGCUCUGGAGAAGAACAUCGAGAAGAGCUGAAGGCUGAUGAAAGGAUCAUUAAAACAGAGCACGGGCUGCUGAUCCGCAGCUUGCAAAGAAGGGAUGCUGGAGCCUAUUUUUGCAAAGCCCAGGAGCACACCUUCAUCCAUACCAUCGUGAAGCUGAAUCUAAAUGUCAUUGAGAAUGGACAAAUGGAAAGCACUCAGAAAACUGAGGAUGAGGAGGGCCGGGUGAGGGAUUUGCUGACGGAGUCCCGGCUGAGGUACAAGGACUACAUCCAGCUCGUCAGCAGCCCCAGCUUCAGCCUGGAUGAAUACUGUGAACAGAUGUGGCACCGGGAAAAGCGGCGGCAGCGGAACAAAGGUGGUGCCAAAUGGAAGCAUGUGCAGGAGAUGAAAAAAAAGCGAAACCGAAGGCACCAUGAGCCAGCCAGGCCACCAUCGACGUAGUUUGUAAAUGCUAUUUAAAGAAAGGACAUUUUCCGUGAGAAAAAAAAUACUGUGUUCUGGUUUUGUGCAUCUUGCCUAUGAAUUAGUACCGCUUAUUGAAAUCAGAAAACUUGCCACCACUAUUAAUCUGUGUGAGACUGUACAAUGGGAUUCAGUACCAAAUGAGAUGUUCCUUAUUGGAGUACCACACACCAGGCAAUAAUUUCAAAUGUAUUCAUUAGAAAAGAUGUACACUUUUAGCUAAUUCCUGGGUAGCCUGAGGCUGCGUGAGCUGUGUUCUGUACUUCCUGCAUAAUUUUCACAUAGGAUUUAGUGUCUGUGUUCUCAUGUUAAUAUUUGCUGCCACGUUCCACCCCAGAGGUGGCUGCAUUUCAGGGGAGGGCAGAUGUAUUUCCAGUCCUUUGGCAUCUUUCUAAAUAAGAAGCAUGGUAGAAAUGUGUGACAGAUCUGCAAAAAUACCCUCUAAUUUACCCACUGGGCUUCUAUACAGGCACAUGGGUGAGCUUUGCUAGCACAGAGGCACAGCAAAAAAUCAAAUUAAGUUUUGGCUUAGGGACAGUAUUCAUUCUCCCCAUAAAAAAGUGAAAGCAUAAUCAUGGUUUAAGAGAGGGGAAUUAUUGAGCAUUACUCAUUAGAGUUUGAGUAGCCACCAGUUUGCAGUCCAUCUGCUGAAAUGAAAUGUUGACUCUAAUUGAAAUUGCCACCGAGAUGUUUGGGAGUAAAUUUCCUAAGUGGUCCAUGGGAGGUAUGUGCACAAAUCCUAUUAACAGAUAAUGGGAUUCCUGCCUACACCUCUCCUAUGUCUCAAAACGUCUGACUCUGACUGUUUCUCUGGCCCUUUGCUGGCUUUGUUUUAUACAGAGGAAAAGAAGAUUAAAAGACAACAACAAGGCUAAAAUGAAAGACGAUGAGGGAAAAUAUUUAGUUGCUGAGACCAGUGCUCUUAACACAGAGCUGACAUUCCUCAGAUGUGUGCAUUCUUUGGGAUUUUCUCUCAAAGGUCCUAUGUAUUUUAAGUUGAAAAUUUGCAUUGUUGGAAUUAAUACUUUUAUUAUAAUUAAAUAAGAGAUGUCCAUGUGUAAAUAAAACUUGUAAGUUAGAAAUUUGCUAUAUGACAUAACUUCAUUUGUAAAUUGUUCCUUGUUCCUUGGUUUGUGUUUUGGGUUUAAUAAUGUAAAUUUUUCCACAUAAGUAAGAAACACUGGCCUCAUUCUUGUCUACUUUACAUCAAUAUGAUUUCAUUGAUUUUAUUCCUGAUAUGCAGCAACAAACACAAGCUCAAAAUCAGGCCUACUGUCUCCUCAUAUGAGUCACAGCCCUCCCUCUUCCAUCUAACCUCCCUCCGUUUUGCCUUUCACGCCUUUCUGAGUGUGAAAUGACAAAUUAGCCACUUCCUCACAUGGAAGAGAGCUUUGAUGGAUACCAAAACGACAGACUUUACUUGUUUCUCAUGCAUUCUACAGAACUUGGGAGCAAAAUCUGUGGGAAACCCGUGCAAUUGAUGUGCGCCUCAUUAAGGGACCAAAACUGUUGGCUCUGAAGCCCUUGCCCAUGCUGGUGUUUGUGUGCACAUUCAGUCGCAGAUCUAUAAUUGUGAAGGUCCAAUUUGCAUCGUUGUUCAUUUCCUCUCUGUUCAAAGUCAGAUAUGAGUAUGUGUUUGUCAGAUUUCAGAAAGGAAUCUCAGCUUACCCGCGUUUCUUGUAAAACCCCAAAGCUGCCUUUGCAUGUGUUGUACAAAAGCCAGCGGGACCGUAUGACAUUAAUUUUAGAUGCUUUUUUAAUAGGAGAUGUAUGGGUUAAUUAGGAGAUAUUAGAUAGCAUGCAUACAAUGCUUUGAUAGUGUAAAGCACUGAGUGCUAAAUAUUGUAAAAUACAUCUGUGGGGAGAAGGGAAUUUCUCAGCACAGGACCUUUAAUCAGCAGAUAGACUGAUGCUGAAGAUACUAACCAGUUGUACAGUACUUUGAGAACAUGCAGAGAACUUUUUGGUAUUUUUGCUGCAAAAAAAUGUAGGCCAGGCAUUUCACAAGAGGCUCAUCAAUUUGGGUACCUUGAUUUUAAGGCCAAUUAAGACUACUAAAAGGAAAUAUGGGGGGAGUAUUAAACUGCUGCAUAUAAAGUACAGGGAUACUUAAUAUUCUUGGCUGUAGGGUUAUGCUGUCUCUAGCCAGAACCUGCCCAGUUAUUCCUUAUUAGAUUUUUAUCAGUCCACAAAGUCCCAUUUCUCUGACUUGGACAUUAAGGAAAUGAAUGGAACCACACCAAGGCUGUGGAAUAACAGGUGGGCUGCAUUUUUAUGCACUGGCAAAGGAUCUAUUCAUCAGUGGUGACGUAGUACUUCAAUUACUGAAUGUCAGAUAACUCUCAUCACAUUCGCCCACUUCAUAAGAAAAAGCAAAGCAAGGUCUUCUAUCACAGUUUUUCUCCUCCAUGAAAACUAAAUCAUAUGAUUUAUGUUAAGAUAUGAUUGGGGGGUUGUAUUCUACAAAUGAACCUCCCCGGCUGACUUUACUAGAAGUCUGGGAUGAGGGUCUCCAUGCUGGGAACAUUAGACUUAAAUGGUUGAAUUAAAAUGUUAUUGCUCUUAAAAAACACUUUCAUUUCUUUUAUUUCAAGUGUUCUUGCCAUGAGAUUCUUCUUAAAGAAAUGACCUCAUCAGUCUGGGGUACAGUGGUAGCAUAAAACCCCAGGUGAGAUAUAAGACCUUUUCCAUCAUGGGAAAUAAAUUCAAUAUCCUCCAAAA